UGGUAGGCACAAGAAGCAUAUCGUACGCGUCUGUAACCAGAUUACGCUGCCUGAUAGACUCCCGUAUAUAAGCGAGGGUCGCCGCGGGGCACACAGCAGUCCGGGCGGCUCCCAAACGGUGAUCACUGCAGAGGAGAGGUCCUUGGCCUUACUGACGUCCCCGAGUUUGUGACCGGCGCAGCAGCACUGUAGUUAUGUCUGACCUCGGCGAGUUCUACGGACGACUCAACCGCCUCGUCAUGCCCGAGGCGGAGCUGUUCCACUACGGGUACCCGCGGCCCGGCAAUGCCCCUGGCCGAGCGCGGGUCGGCACACACCAUGGCACCUACUGGAAGGUAAUGCCGGGCCCCAGGAAGCGCAUUUGUGAACGUUGCAGUAAAGUCUACGAGGUGGACAGCGAGGGGUGGCCGGCGGUGCGGGAGACCUGCAAGUGGCACAUGCAGCGGGCCAGGAAUGGCGUGCACCCGUGCUGCGGGCAUCGCCAAGGCGGCCAGUCCUGCCAGACCUCGGACUACCACAUCCACUGUAACAUCGACCCUGCCAACCUGACGGGCUUCAUCAACACGAGCAGCGGCGCCGCGCACGACAGGUCUGUGUUGGCGCUGGACUGCGAGAUGGUGGCCACGACCCGCGGGUACGAGGUGGUGGCGCUCACCGUGGUGGACCACCGCUGCCGGCCGGUGUACGAGACCAUGGUGAAGCCCGAGGGCCACGUCCUCAACUACAACACGCCCUUCUCGGGCCUCACCGCCGCUGACCUGCGCGGCGUCACCACCACGCUGCGGGACGUGCACGCCAAGCUGCUGACUCUGAUGGGGCCCCGCACCAUCCUGGUGGGUCACGGCAUGCACAACGACCUCAUGUCGCUGCGGCUGCUGCACGGCCACAUCGUGGACACCAUCCACUUGUACCCUCACGUCAACCGCUGGCCGUCCAAAAGUCCGCUCAGCUUCCUCAAAAAGCGCCACCUGCCCCGCCUCAACGAGGGCGGCCUCAAGUGCCGCGAGGAUGCCGUGGCCACCAUGAUGCUGGCCCGUAUCAAGAGUGGCAUCAGGGCCAGGCCUUAGUGGCUCGCCGCAGUGCGCUGACCCACUAAGGAACAAAAAAUAUUUGUUUUCUCAUCAGUUAAGUUAGUAAUAUAAAAUAUGUUCUUGUGAUCCUUUUUAGCAACGUCAAAGACAUCUCUUGACAUUUUCGCAAAUAAAAGAAAAAUGUUAGUCAAAAUAUGCAAAGGAAGAAUAUGGUGCCUCUAUUUCUCACAUUUUCAUUUCAGUGAAAAGUACGCCACUAAAUAUGAUGAAACGAACACAAAAUUCUCACCCAAACACACUAAACAAAUCACGAUAAAAAGGUGCAGUGUGGAUGACAACCAGCGGACAUAGAAAUCAAUUCAGUGGGUGUCCUUGAUGGUUGAUUUCCGGUGUGGCGUCGUAGUCCGUCCCUUUGUCGAGUUUUGUCCAAAACUGAACUGCUCAUGCGCGGGCUUUGCUAAUUUGUCCAGUUCAUUUACUGCAUUGUCUUUCAAUAACUUAUACUAAGCUUACCUUUGAUCUUAUGCUAGUUUUCAUGAAAAAAUGGUCCACGUCCAAGCUGCCAUGGACCCCAUAGCUCAGGUACUAAUGAAUGGAGGGUAUCCCAUAAACCUGACCUUGGAUCAGAAGAGAACUCCAGGAGACAGAAGGACAGUCAUAAGAUCAAAGGUAAGCUUAGCAUAAGCUAUUAAAAGACAGGCAGUGAAUGGAAUGGACAAAAUAGCAAAGUCCGCAAAUGCGCAGUUCAAUUUUGGACAAAACUUGACAAAGGGACGAAAUACGACACCACGCCGGGCCCGGAAAAGCGGCGUAUGUGUGUGUUGGGAAAUGCCUGUCAAGUGAAAACAAGGUGUGGUGAUAUUUUAAUUGUGAAGGGUAAAAAAGGCGUUUACUGAGGACUGGUAAAAAAUAGGGUCUGAAUUUGUAUGAUGUAAAUCAAGCGUUGAAUGAUAAAUGAAACUGCCAUUGGUUAUCUGACAUUAUUCUACAUUAAAAUGGAGAGGGUGUUGUGUUAUUUUAUCUUUCUUUUUUAAUAAUCAAUCGCGUUGCACUGAACCACUGAAAGAAUGAGUGCAUUCCAUUAUCGUACAGCAUUGGUGAAGAGAAAAUUUGGUACAGUUUGAAUUCAUAUAUCUGCAUUCGUUUUGUGUCAAUAUUUCUUCUCCGCAACAAAUUUGAUUCAUUCACAUCCGUACAGUCAGUUAUUAAAUAUUUCAAAACAUUCGAUUAGUUCCCCUACGCGGCGGCGUUUCUCAAGUAAGAACAUGUUACGAUAUAACAGUCCUGUCUCGUAGGGGUUUAUUGCCAAAGGAAGAUAUCUUAGCUGCCCUACGUUGAACAGGUUAUUAAGCAUCACCCUCAGCAUGGCGGGGAGACAAACGCUGUACCAUGAAUGUGACGCCUGACUAAAUUUAUUGUAUCGCGGCAGCAUUACAUGAUUCUUGAAUGAGUAUUUCUUGUUAAUGAAGCACAACUUUCGGUUCGCUUUAUUUACAAUGCUGAGGAAAUUUGAGGUCAGGCGUGAUUUUGAGUUAUUUUAUUCAAGGACACACUGGGUUCAAGUUUUUGUACUGGAAAAAAAAAAAAAAAAGAACGAUAAUCUGCACUGAACCAAC